UCCCGUCAGUCGUGUUUUGGAGACCGGCUAACAUGUACAGGUGUUUGAUAAAGGAUUUUGAGACGCGUCCUUCAGUGACGCAUCUGCUGGAGCAUCCGUUCAUCAAACAGGCUCAUGGGAAAGACACGUCGCUCAGACAGCAGCUGUCGGUCCUCAUCCGUGAGCAGCAGGACGUGGGCAGCAGGACCAAGACCAGGCAUGAGCGAAUCAAUACUCGGAAAACACUGAUCAUUGAGAGCUGCCCGGAUGAUGAUCUUGUCAACCUGGAGCUUUUAGACGAGGAAACGAUCAUCGCACACCUUCAGAAGCGAUAUCAGGAUCUGCAGAUCUACACAUAUGUUGGAGAUAUUCUGAUCGCCUUGAACCCUUUCCAGAAUCUUAGCAUCUACUCUCCACAGUUCUCCAAGCUCUAUCAUGGGAUGAAACGCUCCACCAACCCUCCACACAUCUUUGCCACCGCUGAUGCAGCCUAUCAGAGCAUGGUGACCCUCUGCAAAGAUCAGUGUAUAAUCAUCAGUGGAGAAAGUGGAGCUGGGAAAACGGAGAGUGCCCACCUCAUUGUCCAGCAUCUCACCUUUCUGGGCAAGGCUAACAAUCGUACACUCCGCGAGAAGAUUCUUCAAGUGAAUCCCCUGGUGGAGGCAUUUGGUAACGCAUGCACGGCUAUUAACGAUAACUCCAGCCGCUUCGGAAAGUAUCUGGAGAUGAAGUUCACUCCUACAGGAGCAGUGAUGGGUGCCAAAAUCUCAGAGUAUCUUCUGGAAAAAUCACGAGUCAUCAAACAGGCCACGGGUGAGAAAAACUUCCACAUAUUUUACUAUAUCUAUGCUGGUCUUUACCAUCAAGACAACCUCAGGAAAUACAAGCUACCCAACAAAACUGCCCCCAGAUACAUUGACUGUGUAAAUGGUAAAGUAAUGCAGGACAUCAUCUCCAGCAAACUGUACAAGGAGCAGUUUGACGCCAUUCAGGACUGUUUCCGCAUCAUAGGAUUUACUGAGGAGGAAGUGAAUUCUGUAUACAGAAUUCUAUCUGCCAUUUUAAACACGGGAAAUAUUGAGUUCGCAUCCGCCAGCUCUCAGCAUCAGAGCGACAAGAGCGAAGUGCCCAACUCUGAAGCCUUAGAUAAUGCGGCCGCUCUGCUCAGCAUCGGCUCCGAGGAGCUUCAGGAGGCUUUGACCUCUCACUGUGUGGUGACUCGAGGAGAAACCAUCAUCCGCACCAACACUGUCGACAAGGCCACUGAUGUGAGAGACGCCAUGUCUAAAGCCCUGUACGGACGCCUCUUCAGCUGGAUCGUCAACCGCAUUAAUGCACUGCUGCAGCCUGACACGAACAUCUGUGCGGCCGAGAGUGGGAUGAACGUGGGGAUUCUGGACAUCUUCGGCUUCGAGAACUUCAAGAAGAACUCGUUUGAGCAGCUGUGCAUCAACAUCGCUAACGAACAGAUCCAGUUCUACUUCAAUCAGCACAUCUUUGCCUUGGAACAGAUAGAGUAUCAGAGUGAGGGUGUUGAUGCCAGUCUGGUGGAAUACGAGGACAACAGGCCCAUUCUGGACAUGUUUCUUCAGAAGCCCAUGGGUUUACUGUCUCUGCUGGAUGAGGAGAGCCGAUUCCCACAGGCCACUGAUCAAACUCUUGUCGAUAAAUUUCAGGAUAACCUGAGGAAUAAGUACUUCUGGACACCCAAGCGCGUGGAGCUCUGCUUUGGGAUCCAGCAUUAUGCUGGCCAGGUCUUAUAUAAUGUGAGUGGAUUUCUGGAGAAGAAUCGCGACACUCUUCCUGCAGACAUCGUGGUGGUUUUGAGGACAUCGGAGAACAGACUUCUGCAGCAGCUGUUUUCCAGCCCUCUGACAAAAACAGGUAAUCUGGCCACAUCCAGAGCGAGAGUGACAGCAGCCUCCAGAUCUCUGCCUCCGCAACUCAACAGCGGAAGAAAUAAGUCUCCUAAAUACCUGCUAAAGGUGGACACCAUGGAAAUGAUGCGUCACCCUGAAGAAACCACUAACAUGAGGAGACAGACAGUGGCGUCUUAUUUCAGGUACUCUCUCAUGGACCUCCUGUCUAAGAUGGUGGUCGGGACGCCUCACUUUGUCCGCUGUAUCAAACCCAAUGACGACCGGCAGGCGCUGCGCUUCAACAAAGAGCGUGUGAUGGUUCAGCUGCGCUACACCGGCAUCCUGGAGACAGUCAACAUCCGCAGACAGGGCUAUUCCCACCGCAUCCUCAUCCAGGAGUUUGUAAACAGGUAUUACUAUCUGGCCUUUCGAGCUCAUCAGAUGCCAGAGGGAAGUAAAGAGAACGCCAUCAUUAUAUUGCAGAAGGCCAAACUAGAUUACUGGGUUGUGGGCAAGACAAAGGUGUUUCUGAAGUAUUAUCACGUGGAGCAGCUCAAUCUGAUGUUGCGGGAAGUGAUCGCUCGAGUGGUGUUAAUGCAGGCCUACACCAAGGGCUGGCUGGGCGCUCAACGCUACCGUAGAGAGAGAGAGAAACGCCGCAACGGGGCAGUCGUCAUACAGUCAGCCUGGAGGGGUCACGUGGCUCAUCAGAAUCUGAAGCUGAUAAAGAGAGAGCGUGAACAGGCCGCUGUGCAGAUCCAGUCAGUAUACAGAGGCUACAGAGUCAGGAAGGAUUACAAACAGAGUCGACAAUGGACUGGACAACCCGCUUCCAAAAAAUCUGCUUCCACCAAUCACUCGCCGGAUGAAAAGGUUGUCUCUGUCAGCGCAGACUCUGUCAGCGGCUCCAGUGACGCGUCUGUGCCCAAAACAGACAAACAGAGUGACAGCAGAGAGAGAGGGCCACUGAGCAAACAAGGCCCAACACUGAAGCUACACCAGCACCGUUCCCCUCGGCGUAGAGGACAGCAGCCCAAGCUUCUGAACAGCCCGGAAGACAGUCUUUAUUACAACCAUCUCAACAGAAGUCUGGAUUAUCAGGGGAGCAAGAGGAAACCCAGAAAACUGGGGCAAAUCAAGCUUCUGGAUGGAGAGGAUGAAUAUUAUCAGUUACUGUCUACAAUAGAGGCCGUCCCUGAGGAGGACGUCUUAUCUGGCACCUCCCCCAACCCAACAUCAGCCCCGCCCACUAUCUCUUCCAGAUGAGCAGAGCUCCACCCACCACUCUGACUCAUGCACACAGCCGAUUGCCUUCUCCAGUCUUUUGCUACGGAAUGUGCUGUACAUAUAACGUAAUGAAGGAAAAUUAUUUAUGUACACAAUACUUUCCCAGUAUUUGGAAUUUAUGUAUUUAUUAUGAUAUGCUCAUCAGUUUUCUUGUACAAUAAAAGGGAAAUAAAUACCUAUUAUGGUUAAUUAAUUAAGGACUCUCUAUGGCAGCCUGCUAAUAUUUAAAAUCAUUUUGCCAAACAUGAUUAGGUGAGUGAUGACUUAUUCUCUGUGCUCAUUUUAUUUAUUUAUUUACUUGAAUUUAUUUAAUGAAAGACAUUUUACGAUUGUUGGUCUAGUGAGUUUAUUGGACCAGCUACAAAAUAAAGUUUGAACAUCCUUAUUGGAGAAACAAAAUUCGUCAAACGGCUCUCUUAAUUUUAUUAAAUUACUGGUCAAGCUACAGGAACGAAGAGCUUAACUUUUUUUAAGAAAGCAUUCUGGAAAUAAUCUCUCUUUUAAAUGGCAUGUCGUGAGUUUGGAUGAAGUGUUAGUUUUGUACAGUGUUUGGGGUUCUCAAUCCAAUUCAACCGGAUGUUUUGUACCACAAUCUCAGAAAUAAA